CGGAAGAACAAAAACAAUCUAGACUCAAUACACGAUGAGUAAGAAAUGAUAACAUCCAACCCGGCACUAAAGGAUCACAAGCAGAUGGAAUUAAACGAAGAAUGGAAUAACUUUAUGAAACGAAUCGGCGAAGUAUCAACUCUUGUCAAGGAUCUGGCGAGCGGAGACAAGGCCAAAUCGGAGGCGGCUAAAGCAAUAGCUGACCAGUAUCUCGAAGGAAAAAUUAUACUGGAUGAAGAUGUUAAAAUGACGGUCAAAGAAAAUCGCACAUUGAUAAAUCAAAAAGCCUUUGAAUCUUUUAAAAAUAACGACACAGGAGAAAUGGAUAAAGACGCUUGGAUGGCAGAGGUAAGCAAAGAUGCCGAACGUCGAGCGUUAGAUAAAAAGAUACGUCAGGAGAAGGCAGAUACAUUAAAAACUCAAGCCAUUAAAGCGUUUCGUCGAGGCGAAUACGAUAGAGCCCUGUCUUGUUAUAAUCGAGCUAUCGAACACAUCAAAGACAACGCUAUGUUGUAUUGCGACCGCGCUUUGACGAAUAUCAAACUAGAAAACUACAAUAAGGUGAUUAACGACUGCGAUUGGGCAUUGCGGUUGAAUGAAAACAGCUUCAAAGCUCGUCUUUAUACAGCAAAAGCUUAUCAGGAAUUAGAGGAAAACGAUAAAUUCGAAAAAUGUAAAAACGAACUAAAGGAAAAAUUCCCUCAGCAUGAAGAUCUUAUAUCGUAUUUUUUGCAGAAAGACGACAAAUAAAUGAAACGAAAGGAAAUAUCCAGACGGUAUAAGACAAAUUGAAUAAGAGG